CUCUGAGUGGGUCGUGUGUGGAGGCCAGCACUGAAAGAAUUAUUAGUCCCUUUUGAACGCUUUGGAUGUAUGUCUAGAGAGAACGCCAGUGUGCCGCUGUAGUUAUACCUUUAUCACGUAAACUGUUAAAGCUAUAAUGUAUUGCGCCUACCCUGUCCCUGGAAUGGGCAGUAACUCUUUAAUGUAUUACUACAACGGGAAAUCGGUGUAUGCACCAUCUCCAAACUCGGAAGACUUCAACAGAGAUUCCCCUUCUUACUCUUCUCCUAAACCCUCCAGCAGUAUGUUUGCAAGCACUUUCUUUGAUGGUACCCACAGUUCGUCUGACCCUUGGAAUUCAUCCAACGGGAUCAGUCAGCCCGGCUAUGGGGGAAUGCUCGCAGGAUCUUCAUCUCACAUGCCACAGUCGGGAAACUACAGCACCCUGCACUCGCACGACCGUUUGAAUUAUCCUGCGCACUCAGUCUCUCCGGACAUCAAUGCCAGUCUUCCUCCCAUGUCCAGCUUCCACCGAAGCAACACCAGCACUUCGCCAUUCGUCACCGCAGCGCACACCUCCUCCGUCAACACAGCCGACGGGGUCAUGGCUGCUGCAAAUCGGGGGACCGCCACUGGAAGCUCACAGACUGGAGAUGCACUGGGCAAGGCUCUGGCCUCGAUUUACUCACCUGACCACACUAGCAGUAGUUUUCCUUCCAAUCCGUCGACACCUGUGGGCUCUCCUUCACCUCUGACAGCCACAGCAGGUGCUGCCUCAGCAGGUACCGUGGUGACUGCUGCCGGCACCCCGUCUGGAAGGCCAGGUACCAACCAGUGGCCCCGUGCCGGUGGACAGACCCCCUCCUCUCCAAAUUAUGAGAACUCCCUUCACUCACUGAAAAACAGAGUUCAUCAGCAGUUACAUGAGCAUCUUCAGGAUGCCAUGUCUUUCUUAAAGGAUGUCUGCGAGUCUCGAAUGGAGGAUCGUCUGGACAGAUUGGAUGAUGCAAUCCUCGUUCUGAGGAACCAUGCAGUGGGCUCCACCGCCAGUCUGCCCAGCGACAUACACAGUCUGCUGGGACAGGCGCAAAAUGGGCCAAUAACAGCCAUUGGGCCAAACUUUCCAGCCUCUGCAUUGGUUCCAGGCCGGACUGCAGCGAUGCAGGGAGGCGACGAUGCUGCCAGCCUGAACAACAGCCAUGGAGGUCUGCCCAGCGCCGGCUCCACAUCCACCGCAGAGCUCAACCACCAACUGGAAACAUUCAGAGGCCUCGCUUCGACCCUGGCUGGACAGAUGCCCACCGCCCUGGAGCUGAAGGUGGAGAAGCAGGACAAAGACGACAUGCACGACAGCCUCUCUGGCGACGACAAGUCCGACGACGAGAGCGACAGAAGAGACAUGAAGACACCCAGAUCAGGCCAGCGCACGAGUAUCACUGAAGACGAGGACCUGAACCCAGAGCAGAAGGCUGAGCGAGAGCGCGAGAGAAGGAUGGCCAACAACGCCCGCGAGCGCCUGAGGGUGCGAGACAUCAACGAGGCCUUCAAGGAGCUGGGCCGUAUGUGCCAGCUGCACCUGAAAAGCGAGAAGCCCCAGACCAAGCUGCUCAUCCUCCAUCAGGCCGUGGCCGUCAUUCUGAGCUUGGAGCAGCAAGUCAGAGAGCGGAAUCUGAACCCCAAAGCAGCCUGCCUUAAGAGAAGGGAGGAAGAGAAAGUGUCCGGAGGCUCCAGUGACGCCCAACAAGGCCACACAGGAGUCCAUCCAGGCCUGACCGACACAUCCAACCCCAUGGGCCACCUCUGAGGAGGAGACAGAUCAAAGUGAUGCAGAUCGUUUCUGUCCCGUUCGAGUCGGUGACCUUGCUUCCCAGCGACAGACAGGACUCACAGUUUGUGACACCAAUUGGAGGAGACAGACCACUUGAAGCGAAACUACGAGUCUAACACAAUCCAAUCCGAAGAUUGAAGAAGAGCCAAGCGUCCAGCUCCCUGCGACCAUCUGCAAAUUUCUCCCCCACAAGAAAAGAAAAAAAAAUCUUCAGCACAUAUCACUGUCUGCAAGAAGUGUGUUGCUUCUGAACAAUCAGAGACUCCGCAAUCUCCUCCAACCGUAUGUGGAAAUUGCCUCGUGCCUAAACUGAAUUGACGAAUGCAUUGUAACAGCAAUUGUUUUUGUUUGUCUGUUUCUUUUUUUUUUUCUUUUUGUUUGUUCCUAUUUAUUAUGUUAUUGAGCUAUAAAGUGUAUGUCUAAAGGGAAAGUUAGGUAAAUUCAAAGAGAAGCAUGCGGCUUUUCAGUCGACCUAUAGUUUGCCAGCGUCGCCGUUCAACCCGAGCACUCCGCCCCGAGACGAGGGGA